AUGGGUCUCCCCACGGCCAGUCCGGGGACAGCGCUAGGCACGCCGAGGCCCGCCGGUCCCGGGCCGAAGCCCACCAGCCGGCGGGCUCUAGCCACGCGGAGUCAGGAUCCCGCACCCCCCAGCGCCAGGGGCGCGGCCACGAGCAGGCCAGAGACAGCUCAAGGCACUCCCGGGCUGCACAGGGACACAGCUCCACCGAGUCCGGCAGCGGGAGACACAGGGAACCCAGCAUCGGCCAGGCCAGCGACAGCGAGGGCCUCUCCGACCACUCAGGGAGACACGCGCCCACCACCCAGGCAGCGGCAGGGGUCCGGCGUGAGGGGCCAACAUGGGUCUCCCCACGGCCAGUCCGGGGACAGCGCUAGGCACGCCGAGGCCCGCCGGUCCCGGGCCGAAGCCCACCAGCCGGCGGGCUCUAGCCACGCGGAGUCAGGAUCCCGCACCCCCCAGCGCCAGGGGCGCGGCCACGAGCAGGCCAGAGACAGCUCAAGGCACUCCCGGGCUGCACAGGGACACAGCUCCACCGAGUCCGGCAGCGGGAGACACAGGGAACCCAGCAUCGGCCAGGCCAGCGACAGCGAGGGCCUCUCCGACCACUCAGGGAGACACGCGCCCACCACCCAGGCAGCGGCAGGGUCCGGCGUGAGGGGCCAACAUGGGUCUCCCCACGGCCAGUCCGGGGACAGCGCUAGGCACGCCGAGGCCCGCCGGUCCCGGGCCGAAGCCCACCAGCCGGCGGGCUCUAGCCACGCGGAGUCAGGAUCCCGCACCCCCCAGCGCCAGGGGCGCGGCCACGAGCAGGCCAGAGACAGCUCAAGGCACUCCCGGGCUGCACAGGGACACAGCUCCACCGAGUCCGGCAGCGGGAGACACAGGGAACCCAGCAUCGGCCAGGCCAGCGACAGCGAGGGCCUCUCCGACCACUCAGGGAGACACGCGCCCACCACCCAGGCAGCGGCAGGGUCCGGCGUGAGGGGCCAACAUGGGUCUCCCCACGGCCAGUCCGGGGACAGCGCUAGGCACGCCGAGGCCCGCCGGUCCCGGGCCGAAGCCCACCAGCCGGCGGGCUCUAGCCACGCGGAGUCAGGAUCCCGCACCCCCCAGCGCCAGGGGCGCGGCCACGAGCAGGCCAGAGACAGCUCAAGGCACUCCCGGGCUGCACAGGGACACAGCUCCACCGAGUCCGGCAGCGGGAGACACAGGGAACCCAGCAUCGGCCAGGCCAGCGACAGCGAGGGCCUCUCCGACCACUCAGGGAGACACGCGCCCACCACCCAGGCAGCGGCAGGGUCCGGCGUGAGGGGCCAACAUGGGUCUCCCCACGGCCAGUCCGGGGACAGCGCUAGGCACGCCGAGGCCCGCCGGUCCCGGGCCGAAGCCCACCAGCCGGCGGGCUCUAGCCACGCGGAGUCAGGAUCCCGCACCCCCCAGCGCCAGGGGCGCGGCCACGAGCAGGCCAGAGACAGCUCAAGGCACUCCCGGGCUGCACAGGGACACAGCUCCACCGAGUCCGGCAGCGGGAGACACAGGGAACCCAGCAUCGGCCAGGCCAGCGACAGCGAGGGCCUCUCCGACCACUCAGGGAGACACGCGCCCACCACCCAGGCAGCGGCAGGGUCCGGCGUGAGGGGCCAACAUGGGUCUCCCCACGGCCAGUCCGGGGACAGCGCUAGGCACGCCGAGGCCCGCCGGUCCCGGGCCGAAGCCCACGAGCAGGCCAGAGACAGCUCAAGGCACUCCCGGGCUGCACAGGGACACAGCUCCACCGAGUCCGGCAGCGGGAGACACAGGGAACCCAGCAUCGGCCAGGCCAGCGACAGCGAGGGCCUCUCCGACCACUCAGGGAGACACGCGCCCACCACCCAGGCAGCGGCAGGGUCCGGCGUGAGGGGCCAACAUGGGUCUCCCCACGGCCAGUCCGGGGACAGCGCUAGGCACGCCGAGGCCCGCCGGUCCCGGGCCGAAGCCCACCAGCCGGCGGGCUCUAGCCACGCGGAGUCAGGAUCCCGCACCCCCCAGCGCCAGGGGCGCGGCCACGAGCAGGCCAGAGACAGCUCAAGGCACUCCCGGGCUGCACAGGGACACAGCUCCACCGAGUCCGGCAGCGGGAGACACAGGGAACCCAGCAUCGGCCAGGCCAGCGACAGCGAGGGCCUCUCCGACCACUCAGGGAGACACGCGCCCACCACCCAGGCAGCGGCAGGGUCCGGCGUGAGGGGCCAACAUGGGUCUCCCCACGGCCAGUCCGGGGACAGCGCUAGGCACGCCGAGGCCCGCCGGUCCCGGGCCGAAGCCCACCAGCCGGCGGGCUCUAGCCACGCGGAGUCAGGAUCCCGCACCCCCCAGCGCCAGGGGCGCGGCCACGAGCAGGCCAGAGACAGCUCAAGGCACUCCCGGGCUGCACAGGGACACAGCUCCACCGAGUCCGGCAGCGGGAGACACAGGGAACCCAGCAUCGGCCAGGCCAGCGACAGCGAGGGCCUCUCCGACCACUCAGGGAGACACGCGCCCACCACCCAGGCAGCGGCAGGGUCCGGCGUGAGGGGCCAACAUGGGUCUCCCCACGGCCAGUCCGGGGACAGCGCUAGGCACGCCGAGGCCCGCCGGUCCCGGGCCGAAGCCCACCAGCCGGCGGGCUCUAGCCACGCGGAGUCAGGAUCCGGCACCCCCCAGCGCCAGGGGCGCGGCCACGAGCAGGCCAGAGACAGCUCAAGGCACUCCCGGGCUGCACAGGGACACAGCUCCACCGAGUCCGCAGCGGGGGAGACACAGGGAACCCAGCAUCGGCCAGGCCAGCGACAGCGAGGGCCUCUCCGACCACUCAGGGAGACACGCGCCCACCACCCAGGCAGCGGCAGGGUCCGGCGUGAGGGGCCAACAUGGGGACACAGCUCCACCGAGUCCGGCAGCGGGAGACACAGGGAACCCAGCAUCGGCCAGGCCAGCGACAGCGAGGGGCCUCUCCGACCACUCAGGGAGACACGCGCCCACCACCCAGGCAGCGGCAGGGUCCGGCGUGAGGGGCCAACAUGGGUCUCCCACGGCCAGUCCGGGGACAGCGCUAGGCACGCCGAGGCCCGCCGGUCCCGGGCCGAAGCCCACGAGCAGGCCAGAGACAGCUCAAGGCACUCCCGGGCUGCACAGGGACACAGCUCCACCGAGUCCAGCAGCGGGAGACACAGGGAACCCAGCAUCGGCCAGGCCAGCGACAGCGAGGGCCUCUCCGACCACUCAGGGAGACACGCGCCCACCACCCAGGCAGCGGCAGGGUCCGGCGUGAGGGGCCAACAUGGGUCUCCCCACGGCCAGUCCGGGGACAGCGCUAGGCACGCCGAGGCCCGCCGGUCCCGGGCCGAAGCCCACGAGCAGGCCAGAGACAGCUCAAGGCACUCCCGGGCUGCACAGGGACACAGCUCCACCGAGUCCGGCAGCGGGAGACACAGGGAACCCAGCAUCGGCCAGGCCAGCGACAGCGAGGGCCUCUCCGACCACUCAGGGAGACACGCGCCCACCACCCAGGCAGCGGCAGGGUCCGGCGUGAGGGGCCAACAUGGGUCUCCCCACGGCCAGUCCGGGGACAGCGCUAGGCACGCCGAGGCCCGCCGGUCCCGGGCCGAAGCCCACCAGCCGGCGGGCUCUAGCCACGCGGAGUCAGGAUCCCGCACCCCCCAGCGCCAGGGGCGCGGCCACGAGCAGGCCAGAGACAGCUCAAGGCACUCCCGGGCUGCACAGGGACACAGCUCCACCGAGUCCAGCAGCGGGAGACACAGGGAACCCAGCAUCGGCCAGGCCAGCGACAGCGAGGGCCUCUCCGACCACUCAGGGAGACACGCGCCCACCACCCAGGCAGCGGCAGGGUCCGGCGUGAGGGGCCAACAUGGGUCUCCCCACGGCCAGUCCGGGGACAGCGCUAGGCACGCCGAGGCCCGCCGGUCCCGGGCCGAAGCCCACCAGCCGGCGGGCUCUAGCCACGCGGAGUCAGGAUCCCGCACCCCCCAGCGCCAGGGGCGCGGGCCACGAGCAGGCCAGAGACAGCUCAAGGCACUCCCGGGCUGCACAGGGACACAGCUCCACCGAGUCCGGCAGCGGGAGACACAGGGAACCCAGCAUCGGCCAGGCCAGCGACAGCGAGGGGCCUCUCCGACCACUCAGGGAGACACGCGCCCACCACCCAGGCAGCGGCAGGGUCCGGCGUGA